AUGCUCACAACGGCAUUAACUCUCCUGUGCGCACUGGGAUAUGUGUCGUCCUCCUUCGCUAAGAGCUCGCCGUCAAGCAAUGGUUCAUCAACCGUAUACUUCCGUCAGGCGGCCACCACUUCGGCUGCGUUUCCAUACACCCCGUCUCCAAACGGACUCAAGUGUAUUGUGACACCUUUGGGCCGGGACCGGGACGACUCAUCCCAGAUUCUUGCCGCUGUCCAAAAAUGCGGAAUCAAUGGGACCAUUACACUACCGGCUCUAUAUGUCUAUACGAUUUCAAGGCGGAUGCACAUGAACCUCCAGAAUGCGCGCUUGGAAAUUUUUGUUCAGAACCAGUCAACAGGGUGGAUUGUUGAAGGCAACAACUUCGAAAUCAAUGGAGACGGCUGGAUGCAGGGCGGUGUCAAUGGCAAUGGACAGGCAUGGAUGACCCAUGCAGCGGGGCAUAGUAACCAAUUUGGUCGUCCAAUUGUCAUUUCAAUCUUCAACUCCUCCAAUGUGAUUGUGACCAACUUUUCCAUUCGACAGCCAAUGUUCUGGAGUUUCUGGAUUCAAGACUCAUACAACGUCGAAAUCAGCAAGGUGUAUAUCAAUGGUACCAACACGGAUCCCUACGGAAAUUCUUCCAACUACGAAACGAACAUUGAUGGCCUCGAUUCAUUGCGAGUCGAUCACCUUCUGGUAAGAGAUUGGCAAUUCCACGGCGGAGAUGAUUGUCUGGCCCCGAAAGGGAAUACGACCAACAUGGUCAUCAACAAUAUGACUUGUGCCGGAGGUGGAAUCGCGUUCGGAUCAAUUUGCCAAUACGUUGACUCGCCGGACUAUAUUUUCAACGUGACGGCCACAAAUAUCUCAGUCUCCAAGACAUUAAUUCGCGCACUGGGGGAGCUGCAGUAUCUGGUGGAGCUUACUUCAAAUCUUGGGUAG